AUGGUGAAGUCAUACGGCCCUGAGAGAGCUGUGGGGAAAACACUGUGGAUCCUGAGGGGGAUGGACCAGAAUGAUCUGGCAGAGAAGUUAGAGACAUAUUACAGACACAUAAGAGAAACAUGGUGGAGCAACUCAUCAGAUGCUGACAGUGAUGAAGAGAGUGAAAAUAAACUUUAUUGGAGGAAGUGGCAUAGGGCACUGGUAAUGAAGGAGGUAUCUGCCUCUGAGAAGGAAAGGAAGCCAGCAGGGGAGGAGAGUGAAGAGGCAUCCAGCAAACUCCUCAGGACCUCUUCUGGAAUGUGGACCAUGUCUGAGGGGGAGUGUCGUCGUCUGCAGACUGAGAUCUCUAUUCUGAAGUGGAAGCUGGAUAUGCUGAAGUGGAGAGGGCGGCUGGCAGAGGCCAACAUGUAUGAGAAGUUUGCCAAACUCCCCAGAACCUCCUCCUAUGUAAGGUUGACCCUGUCUGAGGAGGAGUGUCGUCGUCUAGAGACUGAGAUCUCUAGGAUGAAGGUGAAGCUGGAGGUGCUGAAGAGAAUGUUGGCUAUUCCAGCUCUGCUGCUGACAACUCUGGAGGAGAUGAACUCACAAGAGCUGAAGACAUUUCAGUCUUUCAUGACUAGUGGCCUGCUGCCUGAUUGUCCUCCCAUCCCAGAGAGCCAGCUGGAGAACGCUUACAGACAGGUCACAGUGGAUCAGAUGGUGAAGACAUACGGCCCUGAGAGAGUUGUGGAGAUCACACUGAGGAUCCUGAGGGGGAUGAAGCGGGUAGACCUAGCAGAGAAGUUAGAGACAGAUCACAGAGGAGGUACUGCCUCAACCUCUCACCUGCCCUUAUUCCCACCGAGGCCCCGAUCCGUCCUCUCCCCUGUGUGGUUACCCCCCAUUUCCCCCCUUCUCUCCAGAUCCUCCUCCUCCUUUGGCUUGUCUAAGAAGUUGUUGUCGUUAACUUCUCCUGGUAGCUCAGGACAGCUCAGGUCACAGGAGGAAGCUGCCUCUGAGAUGGAAAGGAAGCCAGCAGGGGAGGAGAGUGGAGAACUCCCCAGCACCUCUUCUGGAAUGUGGACCCUGUCUGAGGGGGAGUGUCAUCUUCUGCAGACUGAGAUCUCUUGGCUGAAGGUGAAGCUGGAUAUGCUGAAGGCAGAGUUCACCAUGUAUGAGAAGUUUGUCAACAUGGAUGAGCAGUUUCCCAAACUCCCCAGAACUUCCUUCUAUGGAAGGUUGACCCUGUCUGAUGAGGAGUGUCGUGAUCUGCAGGCUAAGAUCUCUAGGCUGGAGGAGAAGCUGAGGUUCAUGAAGAGACCCUUCAUGUUGGAUUUUGCAGUUCUGCUGCUGACCACUCUGGAGGAGAUGAACCCAAAUGAGCUGAAGACAUUUCAGUCUUUCCUGACUAGUGGCCAGCUGCCUGACUGUCCUCCCAUCCCAGAGAGACAGCUGGAGAACGCUGACAAACAGGUCACAGUGGAUCAGAUGGUGAAGACAUACGCCCCUAAUAGAGCUGUGGAGAUCACUCUGAGGAUCCUGAGGGGGAUGACCCAGAAUGAUCUGGCAGAGAAGUUAGAGAGAGAUUACAAUAGAGACACAUGGUGGAGCAACUCAUCAGAUGCUGACAGUGAUGAAGAGAGUGAAAAUAAACUUUAUUGGAGGAAGUGGCAUAGGGCACUGGUAAUGAAGAGACCCUCCAUGUUGGAUAUACCAGCUCUGCUGCUGACCACUCUGGGAAAGCUCAGUGAAAAACAGCUGAAGAGAUUUCUGUGUUCCCUGACUAGUGGUCAGCUGCCUGGCUUUCCUCCCAUCCCAGAGAGACAGCUGCAGAACGCUGACAGACAGGUCACAGUGGAUCAUAUGGUGAAGACAUACGCCCCUGAGAGAGUUGUGGAGAUCACACUGAGGAUCCUGAGGUGGAUGGACCAGAAUGAUCUGGCAGAAAAAUUACUGCGCGAUCACACUAGAGCUCUGCUGCUGGCCACUCUGGAGGAGUUCACUGGAGAACAGCUGAAGACAUUUCAGUCUGACCUGACUAGUGGCCAGCUGGAGAACGCUGUCAGACAGAACACAGUGGAUCAUAUGGUGAAGAGAUACAACUCUGACGGAGCUGUGGAGAUCACGCUCUGGAUCCUGAGGAGGAUGAAUCUGGAUAAUCUGGCAGAGAAGUUAGAAAGAGUUUACAGACACAGAAGAGAAACAUGGUGGAGCAACUCAUCAGAUGCUGACAGUGAUGUAUUUAUACGUCUUCGGAGGAAGAGACAUAGGGUACUGGUAAUGAAGAGACCCUCCAUGUUGGAUAUACCAGCUCUGCUGCUGACCACUCUGGGAAAGCUCAGUGAAGAACAGCUGAAGAGAUUUCUGUGCUUCCUGACUAGUGGCCAGCUGCCUGGCUUUCCUCCCAUCCCAGAGAUACAGCUGCAGAACGCUGACAGACAGGUCACAGUGGAUCAUAUGGUGAAGAGAUACGACUCUGAGGGAGCUGUGGAGAUCACGCUCUGGAUCCUGAGGAGGAUGAAUCUGGACCUGGGUGAUCUUGCUGAGAAGUUAGAGAGAGAUCACAGAGGAGUCCUCCAGGCCACCCAAAAAACGUUGAAGGAAAUGCCAAGUUCCUCAUCUCAUAGUCCUCCUAGAACCCCAGGCCUUCACCUUGCCAUCAGCGACUGAUGAGACAAUGGAAGAAGAGAGCCAGGACUGUGUCAGAG